GAAGCGUGGGCGGAGACCAGGAAGUGACGGCCCUCCGGGUGGUCCUCCGGAGUCGGUGAAGUCCGCGGCGUCAGCUCUGCGGCCACCGCGUUCCGGGCCAUGGAGAAUGGAGCGGUGUACGGCCCCACCACGGAGGAGGACCCGGGCCCCGCCAGGGGCGCCCGGAGCGGCCUCGCCGCCUACUUCUCCGUGGGCCGGCUUCGGUUGCCCGGGCUCGCGUUCAAAGUCCUGCAGCUGCUGUUUUCGCUGCUGGCCUUUAUCUGCGAGGAAGUCGUGUCACAGUGUACUUUGUGUGGAGGACUUUACUUUUUUGAAUUUGUAAGCUGCAGUGCCUUUCUUCUGAGUCUCCUCAUCCUGAUUGUGUACUGCACUCCAGUUUACAACCAAGUCGAUCCUGACAAAGUCAAGCAGUCGGACUUUUAUAUUACUUUGGGAACAGGAUGUGUGUUUUUGUUGGCAUCCAUCAUUUUCGUUUCCACACAUGACAGAACAGAAGCUGAGAUGGCUGCAUCCGUCUUUGGAUUUCUAGCAAGUAUUAUGUUCCUGUGUGACGUUGUCAUUGUGUUCAUUUGGAAACGACGGGAGUCCCAAGCUAGGAAACCAGAGGCUACCAGGCCAGGGGGCCUCACAGAACCCCUUAAUGGUUAAGGACUCAAGAGACGGGGUGUUACAUAAGGUAUUGACUGCAUGGCACCUGAGCCCUGGCCGAAGCUCAUGGAGAAUUUGUCUAAUUGUUAAACCACUUCUUUUGGAGAGCAAGGGGAAGGGCAAAAAGGCAGUGUGUCAGUUACCACAAAUUAGGCCAGAGAGUUUUGGGGUUUAAAAAAUUUUUUUAAAAAUAAUGUUAAAACUUCUGUCACUUGAAAUGGUUCUGUUUUUGUUUUUGGAAUUGAGGACAGUUGUUUCUUUAAAUCACAUAGCUCAACUGAUGAGAAUUUAUUCUGUCAUCAUUGUUGGUCUAGCUAUCAAAUUACGCUAUACAGCCAGCAUGAUUAAGUUCAUUGAUUUAGACAUUGUUUUAUUCUUAAAUUAAUUUGCUUAGGUAGGUUUUUUUGAUAUCAGAUAAAAUUCAAUGUAUACUGAAGAGAUCACUAUUUAAAAUGUUGGUCUAGGUUUUUUUUUUCCUUAAAAAUAUAAUACCCAGGUUUUACUGUAUCUCACUCGGCCUUAAAAUUACAUUGUAACAUUUUAGGAUAAUUAUUAAUUCUUUCUGAGACCCUUUAUAGCCUAAUAGAAACUGUAUGAAAGGUGUUGGUAGCUUAUAUGUAUAAGAGUAACAACAUCAUAAAUCCCAUGUUUAUACUGCACUUUGGUUGUUGUUAAUAAGCAAAAAAAAAAAAAAAAAAAAAAAGAGAACAAUUGUAUAUAACACAGAAAAAUGGAAGAAACUCUCAUGGCUAGAGACCAAA